AUGAAAUUUUGCUUGUUUCUGUCAGCCCUUGCAAGCAUCCGGGCUUUUGCAUGGAACUCCGAUUCAUCAACUGGAGACGAUCCAUCCUCCAUUUCACUCGCACCAAAUGGACUGAACUAUCAAGACGUCGAAUCAGCUUUGGUACUGCCGUUUAUUCAACAUGAGAAGCGAGACAUACGACCCAAAUGUAGCCCACGAACCUAUGCCGCUACUCAAAAGCGGCAUUUCUCUGCUGACACGCAAGCCGCCAACGUCACACUAUACCGGAGGACGAUGACACUUCCUGAUGGCACAGAUGCCGCGGCAAUGGAUAGAUUCAUGCUAGCUGAAGAAGAGAGUGAUUUGUUUGAUGCCAUCGUCUGGGACAAGGAUGUCAACGGGGAGCCAGAGGAUAUGGCCACGUCUAAGUUUGAGCAGUUCGGGGACAAAGCUUUCAGCCUAGGCACGGGGUUCCUAUGCGGUUAUACCACACUGGCCAUCAUCAGUCGAAAGGGAGUUUAUACUGGCCACUACUGGGAUAGCAUCUCAUUCAGCCCCGACCAAGCCUGGAUAGAUGAAUACGGGAGUGCCGAAGAGGCUUUCCGUCGGACCGUGAUAUUAGGUCUAACACAAGGAGUAGGGCGUAAUAGGCGCAUACCAGAACAAGUAUCUUUAAGGAAUCAGGCUGGAAAAUUUGAGGACAACUAUAUCCGUGCUUAUCUUAGGAUUCCAGACACGGACUCAGACCAAAACCCUGAGGGAUACCGACCACAGUGGAAUGCAAUGAGAAAUUUGGUCAACAGAUUUGUGCCCACGCUCGCCACUGGCGACCGCUAG